AUUCCAUGGCUUUGAAAUUUAUGCAUUAUUAUGUGGCAGUUUUUGGUAACUUUUCAUUCUUUACACAGCAGGUCUUCGGUGUCUGGAUAGAAGUGGCUACAUCGGAUCAUAUAUCAUCUUCUGGAUUGCUGAAGUUUUGACCAACCGUAUAAAAUAUCCCAGUCGGUUUUAUCCUGUCGUCAUGAAAGAAACUCGUAUUUACGUAGCGAUAUAUUUCGUUUUGUUUUCCUUAGUUGUUGCAUUUCAAGAUAACAACACAACACCAGUAACCAAUGUUACAGCAAAGGCGACAACAACGUUGCAUCUAAAUAACACAACAUCAUCAACUAAUGUUACAGCAACGACGCCAACAACGAUGCAUCAAAAUAACACAACAUCAUCAACUAAUGUUACAGCAACGACGCCAACAACGAUGCAUCAAAAUAGCACGAAGUCAUCCACAACAAUGACACCAACUACUGAUAACACAACAUCAUCAACUAAUGUUACAGCAACGACGCCAACAACGAUGCAUCAAAAUAGCACGAAGUCAUCCACGACAAUGACACCAACUACUGCUCAAUGCAAUGGUACAUGUGGAUAUGAAGGAGUGUGCAGGAUAGUCGGUACACAAGAGAAAUGCGAGUGUGACAACUUCACGUGUGGUGGAGUCCAAGAAGUUUGUGGAUCUAAUGGUGCUUCCUACUUAAGGAAAUGUAAUUUACUGGAGAAACAAUGUGAACAACAAAAAAAGAUAAACGUUAUCAAAAGUGGAUCUUGUGGUUGUGCUACACUUGACGUGAGCACGCCUGAUUUUAUCACCACCAGUGACAUUUCAUGUACUGUGGAUAAAGAUAACUUAGUCACGUGUUACAUCACGUGUCUUGAUAAUAAUCACCAAUCUGCAAUUCCUGAGUUCUUAAUGCUAAAAUGUUACAACAGUAAAUGGUUGAGGAGUAACAAAGUUGGAAAAUUUGUUGAACUUGCUAAUCCCAAUUCACCUCCACAAUGUUACAAAAAAACUCCGAAGCUCUCUCAGUCGCCUUUCUGUGUUGUUGGUUCAGUUUUGUUGCCGUCCCAAGUUUGUGUCCCCUGUCCACCUGGAAGUUAUCACAAUGAAACCAGCAGCUCAUGUAAAGCUUGUGAGCCUGGAACAUACCAAGAUGAACAAGGACGGGCGUCGUGUAAAAGAUGCAAACUUCCACAGAUGUCAACAACGACAGGAGCAGAAAGUUGCUAUUUUUAUUAUGGUUAUGAUAUUGUGGAAAUGAAGAUUGCUAAAGACUUAAAUGACUGGACAAAAGAGACGCUUCAGACUGAAAUUGCUAAAGCUUUAACGGAAGUUUGCCAAACCCAGAAAAAUUGCUUUGGUUCAAAAAGACGUCGACGUCGAAGCAAUUCUGAAUUCAGAGCAGAAAACAUAAUUGUUAUCAAUGUUGACACAAGUGAUGACGACAUAGAUGUUGAAUUUCUUGUUGUUGAUCCUUCAUCGUCAUCACCAGUACCAGAUAAAGCAUUUUCACCAAAGAAAACUAAAGAUCUUAUUGAAAAUAUAGAAAAAGACAAAGUAUCUUUUACGCUCCUUAGUGUAAAAAUUGUGAAUAAAGAAAGUACAAGAUCUUCAUCAAGCUCUUCGUCUUCAAAAGUUCCUAUCAUUGUUGGUGUUGUUCUAGCAAUUUUAUUUAUUGUUUUGAUCAUUUUGGGUGUUUUGCUGUGGAAGAAACGUUGCAAAGCAAGGAAUGAUGUUCAACAUACGCGUUUCGGGAACGACGAUGUCAGUAUAAGCAGUGCUCCAAAAUUCAGGUUGAACAUUUUUUCCAAACAGGCAAAAGAAAAAAAUACAGACAACGAAAAUGUUGAGUCGUCAUAGAGUGACGUCACAGAAAGACAAAAAUGAAGCCUAAAGUGGUCACGUGAUUACGUAUCCUUAGAACGUGAUUAAUUUUUAUAUUACACGUACUUUCAUUACUUCAUGUUGUUCUGCACUUGUAUUUUAUGAAUUUGCUUACAACAAGUAAACUAAUCAUAAUUUUAAACGUUUAAUAAUGAGCAUGUCAGAAAAUAAAACAUUGCACCUUAGUUAGUUUUAAUUCUUUUUCAACUUUAAAAAUGCUAAUUUUUAACCGCUUCAUUUUGUUUCUGAUGAAUGAGAUUAAAAAAAUUUGCAAAGCA